UAUCCUUCAACGCAGCUGCAUUGUAUUACCCGAGACGACAACAAGUAACCCGGGACGUAUGCAACAGAACAACCUCUCCAGGGCUCCACCUUCGUGCCCUCGUCGCGGCGCCCUCUCCAACCCCACUCGCCCCCUCGUCGUACGAAGGGUCGGGGAUCAGAGGACAACAAAUGCUCGGGAAGUGGAUGGUACGUAUGAGUCGUGAACGGAAAGAGGAUGGGAAGGAGUGUCGGUCAUAAAUGUACAUAAGCGAGACAGUAUAAACACAGUGAAGACAGCGACAGUAUAGUGCAACUGCGGGAUGCUGAAUAUAUAGAUAGCGUACGGGCGCGCUGCAGUGGUGAUGUGUGAUGAGCGCGAGCGAUAUGUGAGGAUGGAGGUAGAGCAGCAGCACCGAACCUAUGAUUCGAUGCGGCAUGAGAAAGAAAGGAAAAAGCGUCCGUACGCGGAUAGAAGUCACAGACUAGUAAUGAGUGCGUUGUCGAGUGGAGGCGGUGUGGCGUAUGUUAUUGUCGUCUACAUGUCCUGCAGAGCAUCUCGAAGCGAUGCCAUCGGACGACGACCUAGGCGGUGGCGGCGGGAAGGGAGCGGACAGCCGUGAUGACGAUGAGCACGCAUGACACGGCAGAGCCUGGCGUGCCCCAUCGUCGCCGACCGCAUCCC